GUAAAUUUUCUGGAUGACAUGACGUAAAAAAUAUAUUAAAUUCGUAAAAAUGAUUUAAAUUAUUCUGCUUAAAUUUGUAAAACAAAAAGUUUUAAACAAUGGUAUUAUUGAAGUAGAAUAAGGUGAAUCUCUUUAUAACAGAAGACACUUAUUUUCUGCAGAAAAAUGGCCUCGUGUUGCACGUGUCGCGGCCCCGCCGCCCAGAGCGACUUCCAGCUACUCGAUGAAGCUUACAUCAAGAAACAUUUCAAGCUACCACAGAGAGCUUUAUACCUCGAUCCAUUUAGACGCCCCUUGAUCACAUUCCCUACGAGUCAGGAAGGUACAAAAAACUUCAACAUGGCACGAAAAUGCAAAAUCAAUCAACAAAUUCUUGAUGGUUUUUUGGACCCGAGCGAAGCCAUAUCUGCACCAAGUGUCUUCCCCUACGCGAAAAAUCAAGCAGAAAAAGCUAAAGAGGCCGCCGAAGAAGAUGAAGAGAUAAUUUACAUCUUACAACUGCCAGACUGGGAGUUUAGAUGUCCUGUUCACAACGAGACAGUCCGUACUCCAAGAUUCAUAUGGCACUCUUGCAAGAAACCGAAAAAGGAAAAGACUAGUGAGCUGCAACGUGGAGGUGGGCCAAUGAAUAAACCAAAACCAUGGUUACUAAGUCGACAUACUGACUUCGAUUUAAUGUCUCAGUGGUAGCUUAUUUAAGUAGAAUUGGGGCGCCCGUACACAUCGUCUACAUUAUGUGAAAAUGAAAUAAAAAUAGAAUGACAGUA